AUGAGGGAUGGAUCUUCGUCUCUUCUCUAUGGACUCUGCAAGGGCCUACCCUUCGGCCUCGGCGUCCGCCUGGCCGGCGGGGUCAACGCCGUCGCGCUGCUCUCCCUGUCCACCGGCCAGAUCUGGGUGCUCGCUCCGAAGCUGGCUGCGGACGGCCGGACGGUGGAGCUACACAAGUGCGCGGUCGUCGAGCUCGAGCCGACGCGGCCCGUGUACGCGAUGGAAGUCGCAAUGGGAAGGCUGCUGCUCGGGGAGGCUGGCGGCUUGCGCGUCUUCCCGCUGCGGGGUUUGAUGAAGCGCGGAAAGGAGAGGGAGGGGAAGAAAGAAGUUGCUAUGGCGGUAGGGAGGAAGGCCUGCCACAAGAUGUACGGGAUGCUGAAUGGCUUAGUUGUGCCAGUUAAGCGUGUUAGCUAUGGGGGCAGUGGUGAAGGCGAUGUUGUUUCCACUUGUAAGCUCACAACUCUGAGGGUAAAACAGAGUUCAGGAAGCUAUUGCUCUUUUUUGUUGGCAUUUCAAAAUGAUGAUCACAAGUCAGAAGGCAGCAUGGAAUUGCUGAAAUCAGUGAAAGCUGUUUCGAUCCAUCCUCUUUCCAAGAACAAGUUUUUGGUACUGGAUUCAUCUGGAGUGUUGCAUGUCUUCAGUCUUUCAACAACAGAAAUGGGCUCAGGAGCUGCCAGCAAGCAAUAUUCUGAAAAUAUCCAUACAUAUCGCUUGGAUUAUCCCAUGAAAGUGCAAUUAUCUGCUGUCUUUUCAGUUACCUCUAUAAAGACACAAAUUUUUUGGGUUUCAGAUGGUGGACAUACUGUACAUGUAAUGUCAGCGGUUGAGACUGAAUCCCCAAACGGUGACAAUGGAGACGUUACCGGAGAAAGAGGGUUAGCAACUAUCAAGCUUUCAGCUAUUGAAGCAAUCUUUGCAAGUGAAAGAGUUCAGGACAUUGUAUCUAUCUCCAAAGAUUCAGUCCUUAUCCUUGGUCAAGGCAACAUGUUUCUGUAUGGAACUUCUUGA